AUGCUCGACGAAGAUAUCCAUCUCCCCAAACGGAGAAAAGUCCGUAAAGGCACCCAGAGCUGCUGGGAAUGCAAGCGACGCAAAGUACGAUGUAUGUUCUCUUCGGCCGGACACGCCAUCUGCAACAACUGCCGGCGCCGGGGGACGGCAUGUGUUAGUCAAGAGCUGCCUGACACCACAGGCACAUCUUCGGGGCAGAGCCAGGUCGAGGCGAGACUUAGCCUUGUUGAAGAGCUCAUCGAACGAUUGGUCGAUGCUCGCGCGACCCCGAGCCUGGAAAGAGACGGGCCAGAUGCGGGAUCGCCGGUGUAUAGAGCAGUCCCCUCAAGACCGCCAACGACAACGAGACCGCUACCGGUUGGACCGGGCCCCGACCAGUACGAGGAGCUAUCUCGUGACUUGCUCGAUGUGUGGCCCAGUCGAGACGAUCUCGAGACCAUCAGCUCUCUCCCCGUCGGUCUCCUUUGCCUACCGCUCUGUUGGAGAACGUGCGCUCUGCCCGGCGACCAGUCGCCCCGGGAGAUGCUUAAGCUGCCAGCAUCAGGCGCUCAUCCUGUGCUUAUUGCACAGAGACUGCUGAGGCUUGGUAUAUUCCUGCAGGGCGUCCCUCCGGCAGCUAUUAAGCAGCUGGGUGACCGUGGAGUCUCGUACCGUGAGACCAUGACCCGCUCCGUUGAGCGAGCAAUCGCACUGGUCACGACCAACGACGAACUCAUUACCUCCGUCGAGGGGCUCGAGUGUAUCAUGAUGGAGGUCAUGUACCAGAACUAUGCUGGGAACCUGCGCCGGGCGUGGAUGGCCGUCAAGCGCGCAAUAUCGGCCGCGCAGAUAAUGGGCUUCCAUCGCGCCCAAGACCUGCCUGCCUCCCGAUUCCUGGACCCAGCCACGCGCGCCGCCUUUGACGCCGACAAUAUCUGCUUCCGUCUCGUGCAGAUGGACCACUAUCUCUCUCUCAUGCUCGGGCUACCGCAAACGGCACCCGAAGGCCGCUUCGCAAUCCCCACAGACCUGCCAGAUCUCGAUCCGCAGGACCGUCUUGAACGCCUUCACUGCACGGUCUCCGGCCGCAUCGUGCAGCGCAACGACGCGGGCAUCAAUGACCUCUCCAUCACCUGUGAGGCCGACAAGCUUUUGCAGACCGCCGCUGCCGAGAUGCCUCCGCAGUGGUGGCUACCGCCAACCUUCAGCGAAGAUUCGAACCUCGUUGCGGAUACUAUCCGGCUGAUGAUCCAAUUCACCCACCACCACCUCCUUGCCCGGCUUCAUCUUCCGUACAUGCUCCGCUCGUCCACUUCGACAGACCACAAUCACGACCGCAGCCGAACCAUAGCCGUCAAUGCCAGCCGCGAGCUCCUAUCCCGUUACAUCCUCUUCCGCAGCAGAAACCCGGCUGAUUACUACUGUCGCGGCUGCGAUUUUCUAGCCUUUGUCGCGACGACCAUCAUGUGCCUUGCGCAUAUCAACACGAACACCCACUCCAACUCCAAUAAUACGAACCCUUUUGACCCGCUCACGCACAGCCGUCCCACGGAUCGGGGCCUAAUGGAGCGCACUGCCGAGAUUAUCGCCUCCACAGCCGCAGCCGAGUACGGCGUCUCCGAAGCGAUAGCACCUAAACUGAAUCGCAUUAUCCGGCACCUGCUCGACGUAGAAUCGAAUGCCGCGAAUGGGACGAUAUAUAGCACAAGUACGAGCUCGAGUGCGGCGGACGGCGAUGAGGGAGAGAUUGGUGGGGCUCUGAGCCAGGGUGGAAAGUCACUGCAGAUUCGCAUUCCGUAUUUCGGGACGAUUAGGCUUGAGCGAGGGCACGGGAGUAUUCUAAAGGGUUCGGAGGUUGAAGUACAGGGUCAAGGAACGGCUGCGGGCAGCUAUGGAAUGGCCAGUGCACAUGCAGAAGUUCCAGUCAGCAGCAGUUGGGGAGUGGACCAUGAUAUUCGAACAAGCCACUCGCAAGUUCCUAUAUCUAAUGAGUCUGGGGGAAUUGAAUCUCAACUAGACUCAAUGUACUCGGGCGCGGAAGACGAUUGGAAUCUCCAGGGCAUUGACGUAGCCCUGUUCGAUAGUCUCUUCCGCGGGAUUGGGAUCCCAGAUGCAGACACGAACGGAGAAGCAUGGAUAUAG